ACAACGUCAACAACGGUGCAUUAUGUUGUCCAAAGUAAAAAUUAUGGUGAUGAGCUUUCUUCAUUAUAAUCAUAAAAAUUGCCUUUACCAAAUGGAGUUGCAAUAGUAGUCUGAGAUUAACUGAAUCUGGUUGUUCGUAACAAUGAAAGCUCGUGCGUUCAAUAUGAUAGCCUUCAUGUUCUGCUAUUACGUUACAGUGAAUGGUAUUCCUCGUAUUCGACAAAAUGAUUACUAUGUUGAUGGUAUUCAUAAUGUAGACUACGAUCGCCAGUUGUUUUUGAAUAAGGAUGAACAAAAGGAAUUCCAGCAGUUAACGCCAGCGGAGAGAAGACGGCGUCUAAGUGAAAUUGUUGACAAGAUUGAUACAGAUGGAAACAAUAAUAUCACAAAGGAGGAGCUUACAUCCUGGAUAGAGUACAUUCAACUGAAACAUUUGCGAGAUGAAGUGAAUAAUAGAUGGACUCAAAUUGAUAUUGAUGGUGAUGAUUUGAUAACUUGGGAUGAGUUUAAGCUUAGAAACUAUGGUCAUACUAUGGAUCACGAUAACCGAGAUGUGGAUGAUAACUAUCGCAGAAAACGAGAAAUAAACAAAAAAAAGUGGCAUGCCGCCGACUUAAGCAACGACAAUAUGUUAACAAGGGAAGAAUACUCGGCAUAUCUUCAUCCUGGAGAAUAUAGGAGAAUGCAUCAUGUUGCUGCAGAAGAAAUUUUGAAACGAAUUGAUAAGGAUGAUGAUGGCUACGUUUCACUUGAGGAGUACAUCGGGAAAUACGAAGAACCAAAGCCAGCCUGGGUAGAGGCUGAGAAAGAAUUUUUUCUUCGAGAAAGAGACAAAGAUGGCGAUGGCAAACUCAACAAGGCUGAAGUAAUAACAUGGUUGUUCCCUGUAAACUACAAUGCUCUAGAUUCGGAAGUAACACAUCUGCUUCACGAAGCUGAUGUCAACAAGGACGAAAGUCUCACAAAGCAAGAAAUACUCGCUCGAGAAGACCUUUUUGUUGGCAGUAAAGCCACUAAUUUUGGAGAAACUCUGAAUCGCCCUUUGGACGAACUGUAACUUUUGAAGUUACAUGUUUUUUGUUCUUUUGGAUAAAGACUUUUAAAGAAAUGAAAGAAACUUACAAACAAACUGGACAAACAACAAAGAGAAAUAACUUAUAAUUGAAUGGAUUCGUCUUAGUUUACACUAUAUAAUUAGAUUAUGGCCAUGUUUUGAUCGGUACAAGUUUUGUCGCUGCAACAGUGAAAUGUUCCAGUCAGGUUAAGUGAAUAGCGUAGUCAGGCAGUCUCUUUAGCUAAUAGUUUAAUUUUUCCUAACCGAAUCGAAAGUAGUAUAGGGAAAGGGGUUCUUAUUCCGGUGGUGCCGGUGGUGCACUUGAGCACCACCGGAUGACAUCACAUAUUAAAUGACUCAAUUAAAAUUGCAGAUUUUGCUAAUGCCUUUACUUAAUUUAUGAAUGUUAAAUGACAUAUAAAAAUAUGACUGUUUCAGUAACACAUA